AAAAAACAAGUAUUAACUGUAACAGAUAGAGCAGCUGAAAGAUUACAAUACUUGUUAUCAAAGAGACCUGGAGCAUUCGGAAUUUUAAUUGGAUUAAAAAAGAGAGGAUGUAAUGGACUUUCAUGGACUUUUGAUUACAUUUUCCAAGAUACAGAAAUACCCAAACUUGCAGAAAUUGUAGAAGAUAAGGGUGUACGAUUAAUUGUUCAACCAAGUGCAGUAAUGAAUGUUAUUGGUACUGUUAUGGAUUAUGAAGAGAAUGAAGUACAUGCUAAAUUUGUUUUUAAUAAUCCAAAUGCAAUUGGUACUUGUGGUUGUGGAGAAUCAUUU